AUGGCGCCUACCGUAUGCGCUCGAUGCCGCGUUUCAAGGGCGCAUGUGAAGCGGCCGAAGAACCACCAGAAACUAUGCAAAGACUGCUUUAUAACAGUAUUUGAAGAAGAAGUACACCACACUAUCACUUCCUCUGGUCUUUUCCGCCCUGGAGAUAGGGUUGCUAUUGGCGCAUCAGGUGGCAAGGACUCGACCGUUCUAGCGUCCGUUCUCAAGACGCUCAAUGACCGCUAUAACUACGGAGUGAAGCUAGUCCUUCUUAGCAUUGAUGAGGGUAUCACGGGGUAUCGUGAUGACUCCUAG